GGAAAAAAAAAAAAUCCCCCUAGUGGCAGCUCCAGCGGCUGGGUGUAGCAGCGCGGUGAAGAAGAGGCUGUGUUUGGAUUAGGGGGUUGGGCUGCCUGCUGGUAGGAAACCUGCCGCCAGACAUUCAGUUUGUCUCCGGCGGUGCAGCGUUGCUUUCCCGCAGCAUCAGCAGCAGCGACACCGCAGCGCAGCCUCCAGCUUCACCUGCUCCUCAUCUGCGCUUCCCUCCGCCUCUGUCCAGACACAAACACUGCCGCAGCACAGAGGAGACGGACGGACAAGGACGAUCAGCUGAGCAGUCUUCAGGGAAAUAAAGGGGAUAUAUAAAAGGGCGGUGAAAGAUGGUGAAACUGGGGAGUAAUCUUCAAGACAAAGGGGCCAAACCUGUGAGCGUGGAGGAUGGCUUUCAGAAUGUGCCCCUCAUCACUCCACUGGAUGUCGGCAGCCUCCAGAGCCAAGCACCUGACAAGGUGGUGGUGAAAACUCGCACGGAGUACCAGACAGAGAAGAAGAGGCUGAAGGUUCCCAAGGUGGAGGAGUUCACCAUCAGCUUUACUGACGGGGUGUCUGAGAGACUUAAGGUGACGAUUCUGAUCAUCCUGGCCCUGGCCUUCCUCGCCUGCAUCGUGUUCCUGGUGGUUUAUAAAGCCUUCACCUACGACCACGCCUGCCCAGAUGGAUUCAUCUACAAGCACAAGCGGUGUAUCCCAGCCUCUCUGGAGGCCUACUACGCUGCCCAGGAUGCCAACUCAAGGGGCCGUUUCUACACAGUGAUCAGCCACUACAGCAUGGCCAAGCAGACCACCUCGCACUCGGUCUCUCCCUGGCUGCCUGGAGGGGCGGCGGGGCAGCAGCAUGACGCUAAACCCCCCAGUGGCGAGGGCCACUGAGUUAGCCAAACGGCUAAAAUGUGUUGUAAACACAUACAGACACAUGCAGACAUGAAGAAACACAAACACAGGCAGAUAUAGACGCAGACACACACAAACAUGUAGGUGAGUAUUUAAAGAUAUAGACAAAGAGACACACAUAUCCACGACAGCUACAUAUAUGCCAAUAUAAAGAGAAAACAUGCAUGCAGACUUAAAACACACAAGCACAUGCUAAGUCAUAUUCUGAUUUACCUUGACUGCCCAUAUAUGUGCUCACUCUCUUAUCAAGGGGCAUUUCCCAUUGAAUCUUUGCUUUGGGAUUAUCAUCAUCUGCUGAUACACACUCGCAUACACAAACACACACACACAGUCUGCUCUCUCGUCACCAUGUUUUUAGUCCCUUGCUCUAAUUUAUUAUUUAUUGACUGUCUUGAUAUAUUUAUUUUUUACUGUAAUGUAUGGAUGAUUUGUAUGUGAUUAUCUUUGUACAAAGGCACGAGUCAAUGCUGAAUUUCACGCUUCCUCUUUGUGAGAUUCUCUGGAGUUUUUUUUUUCUCUUCAAGUGUGUAAACUGUAGUUAAUGUAUAUUCAUUCAUGGCCCCUCUUCCUCUUUGCCUUUCUUGUCCAAACUGUGUAACCUCAGGCACAUCAGUCAAACUCCACACACACACAGAAACACACAGAUCACUUCAUAAGCCAACCCCGAAAAAUGUCAGUAUGGUCUUGUAUUGCUGUAACACAUUUAUCAGACAUGAAAUUUCAGCUGCACCGUCUGAGGAAGGUUUGACGCCAAUGUCCACAUCCGCAACACGUCCUGAGUUGAUUGAAUGAAUUUUUCCAUCAUGGCUGUUUGAUAGCUCAUAUACAGUGACAUUUCAAUGUGCUGUGCUAUACAUUUUAAAUCCUGAAAUCCCCCAGUGACCCAAGCUGCGCUCAGGCUAGUUUUUUGUGUGUAUGCAUUGUAGUAGCUUUUAUUAGGAGGUUUUUCUUUUUGUUUUUACAGACCUAUAAUUCCUUCAUGCGAAUUACUUGCAUAAUGCUUCAGCUGCUGGUGUUGUAGCUCCAUUUAACACAACGUUGCAGAUUGGGAAAGGAAAUACCAUGCAUAUCACAGUCUCUUGCCAAAACUGUUAUUUUCCGCUGUGUUUUGUUAUGUUAAUCGAUGGGCUUCGACUGCAGCCGAGUUUUGUUCCUGUACCGUUAUUUUUCAUUUUGUAAUGUUGGAUCUGUUGUCAAGAGCGCUUUUAUGAGAUAUUGUGAUGUUGUUAGUUGAUAUGUAGCGAUACCUGGUGUAAUUUAUCAGUGUGCAUCCUUGUCCCUCUUCUCUUGGUUUGACUUCAAAAUAAAACAAGCUGUGAC